GCUCUGGAGCAACAAACCGCCCUUGCUGUCUCUGCCUGGCCGGUUCCCCUCUUUCCACUGGGAUUCUCUGCCUCUAUCCCUAUUACAGGGGCUGAGUCACUGGCUUACUGGGGCUCUCUAAUGCCGUCCCUGAAAGGGGUGCGUCACCUGAGUGGGCUGAUUCACUGAUGUGUUUAUCCUGUCUGAGUUGGUGCCCCCCCUUGGGUUGUGCCAUGGUGGAGAUCUUUGUGGCUAUACUCAGCCUUGUCUCAGGAUGGUAAGUUGGUGGUUGAAGAUAUCCCUCUAGUGGUGUGGGGGCUGUGCUUUGGCAAAGUGGGUGGGGUUAUAUCCUUCCUGUUUGGCCCUGUCCGGGGGUGUCAUCGGAUGGGGCCACAGUGUCUCCUGACCCCUCCUGUCUCAGCCUCCAGUAUUUAUGCUGCAGUAGUUUAUGUGUCGGGUGGCUAGGGUCAGUUUGUUAUAUCUGGAGUACUUCUCCUGUCCUAUUCGGUGUCCUGUGUGAAUUUAAGUGUGCUUUCUCUAAUUCUCUCUUUCUUUCUCUCUCUCGGAGGACCUGAGCCCUCGGACCAUGCCCCAGGACUACCUGACGUGAUGACUACUUGCUGUCUCCAGUCCACCUGGCCGUGCUGCUGCUCCAGUUUCAACUGUUCUGCCUUAUUAUUAUUCGACCAUGCUGGUGAAGGAGGUCUCACUGGAGGCCACAGGAGCUUUGUGAAGCCAGUGGGACACAAACCAUGGAGAGAUGGCCAACCAAUCACUGUUAUCCUGGGGUCAAGCUGGAGAGGUCAAGGACCUGACUCAGCACCAAGGAGGUGAAGGAAAUCUCACUGGAGGCUACAGGAGCUUUGUGAAGCUAGCGGGACACAAAACAUGGAGAGAUGACCAACCAAUCACUGUUGAUGAGGGGAGUAGAACCUCAACUCAGCACGUUAUCGUGAUAGAGCCUGCAGAUGCAGAGGCUGCAGGUCCUGGGGUCAAGCUGGAGAGGUCUGAAGGAGAGGAGGACCCACGACACAGCAGAAACAUCCAGGCUGGAGCGGCUGGAGCGCCCUCUGUAGCCACGGAGGACCCCACCACAAUGCUAGUUCCGCCCAGGAUCCGACGCAGCAUCACAGAGGACAGUGGAACGCAGAACGCUGUCCUUAAGUCAGAGACAGACACAGAGACUUUAACUGUAACACAAAGGAUUUUGCACACAGGAUCUGACCACAGGUCAGACCCAGAGAUACUGGAGCUGGGGGGACUGGGCUGUCGUUCUGCUCCCGGCUCAGAGUAUUUACUUUACGGUAACCCAAGGACAGUUCUGUCCCAUCAGGAUUCAGGUGACGCAUUACAGACUGGCAAUGAUCCAUCUUGUUCUUACACUGCAGAGACAGGGAUGAUACCUGGUGACAUGCCUGUGGGCUUAGAUACACAGACUAAUCCAAUGAGAGGGGACUGGAACCGGUACAGUAGUAGUGUGUACUCUGAAGACUGCCUGGAUGAGAAAGGGGAGGGUCUGGCCUUAGAUGAUGUGACUGUGAAAAUGGAGGGCGACGCUCCUCUGACAUGGAAUGAAGUCGAGACUCAUUUAGGAGAAGGACACUCGCAGGACAACAGCAGUGACUUCUUAGACUACAGGGAAAACUUAGAUACAAAUCUAAAUGUCACAACCAACUCCUCUUUACACCCAGUGUCCAUGUCAAUGACACCUUCCGAUUCACAAGGCCUGUUCGAUCAGGUAUUGAACUCAAAUGACCAAAGGUCCAAGGCUCGGGGAGGGGGAGCAAAAAUUUGCAGUAAAGAGAAGCGGUUCCUUUGCAUGUUCUGUAAUAAAGGCUUCAGCUGCCCCCAGAAGGUGGAGAUUCACCAGAGGGUCCACACAGGGGAAAAACCCUACAGCUGUACCCAGUGCCACAUGCGCUUUGCCCAUGCUGGCAACCUGAAGAGGCACCAGAGGGUUCACACAGGGGAGAAACCCUACAGCUGUCCCCAAUGUGAGAAAAGGUUCUCCCAUCAGCACCACCUGAAGAUGCACCUGAAGGUCCACACGGGAGAGAGGCCAUUCAGAGAGUAACUACCUUAGGAUACAGCAGCAGAAAAAACAUUCCCAAUCUAUAACAUAGAAAGUAACCAUUCCACUUGAUAGCUUCUGACUUUGACAUCAAACCCUGAAUUAAAGACAAAGAUGAGUGUUGUCAACAGAAAAGAUCCACAGAUGCAUUUUGGAAUAAUGAGAGUAACAGAUUUCAGUGUUGAAUAUUCCUGGGUAGAAUAUUGCAUCCAGACAUUGUGAUAUAUAAGGCAUAUAUAAGCCUAAUGAGUCUGUUACAUAUUGUGUUUGUACUGUGUAUGAUAUAUGAUGUUCACAAAUUUCAUUCCUUCCAUUCAACUACUUGUUUUUUUUGCCCAAGACACUUUUAAUGAGUAUAUUAAUAACAGUCUAUCAGGUUCAUGCAGAUGUAUGUGUGUUUUCAUAUGGUGAAUUUAAAACGUGUAUGUUUAAUAAAUAAACAUUUUGACUUUG